UUUCCCUAUCCGUAGCCAUUUUGGCUCAAGUCAUUGAUUUCAGACAUAUUGAACACAUCGGUACCGUAUUGUGUCCCAUAGCAUGUUGCCGCGAACGCGCCUUGCGACAUCUCGGUAUGGAGUGGUGGAAUUGAUCAAGCUAUUGACUUUUCUUCCACUUGCGGCGUCAUUGGCGCUGCCCUCAGUCGCUUCUCGUCGCGAAUGUAAACCGAAUGAGACAACAAAUUAUUCAAUUCGUUACGGCGCGAAGCCUUCAGGGAGUGGCAACUUAUGGGAGUACUACCACUUCUUGAUCGAUUUUGCUCCAGCUGUGUUGCACUUCGUGCGCAACGACAGCGCGCCCUGCAAACGUUUGCAGGUACCAGGCUGGAACGGAACAAACAAGUUCCAUUUGGCGUUGCCGGGCCAGCCGCAGAGGAGUUUGGAAGCGCAUUUCGAAUUCCUCUUGGGGCAGCCGUUGGGUCUUACCAUCGAAGUCGCCAGCAGCUUCGAGGCCUUCGCGAAGAACGCCAGGACGUCGGGGCAGGUCGAUUGGGACUGCCACGGCGCAGGCCGGAAGAAUCAGUGGGCUGGAUUCCCCGCAGAAUAUUUCGUGGAGUUCCGGGACCACGCCUGGGGCCUGCCCGGCGUGCCGCCAGCCCAGCACCGGGACGUCGUCGCCGUGAGGCGCGAACGCCUCCAGAACUAUAAGGGUCCACCCACGGGGUGUUCUCGUCGAUGCCUGGACGAGCGCUUCUACGAUCGCCUGCUUGAAGUUUCGCUGUCGCACGACUGGGACACGGCCGUGGUGGCGCUGGAAAAUCAAGCUAUUGCCGACCAGAUCGCGUUGUUCUCGCAUGCGAGUGUCAUUAUUGCGCAGCAUGGCGCCGCGCUGUCGAACAUAAUCUUUGCACCUCCAGGAACGCUGACCGUCGAGGUGGGAAAGGCCGACUUUCCAUGCUACAAGACGUUGUCUGCCAAACUUGGGUUGCCGUUUCUCCAUUUCGAUACGGAUGAGUUUUCAGAUGACAUUGCACAGGGCAUCUCGACAGCAUUAGCGGAUGACGUCGCCAGAGGCGACAAGCAGUUAAGAGAGCUUCGCGACGUCAUCGGGCGAUUCGUGCUGCCGCUCGAUCCAGAUCAGCGCGCCUCCCAUGUGCGUUGCCCCGAUUUUGCAACGUGCGUGGGGCAGCAGUUCGGGCAAUAGCAGAAGUCGCGACGACGCAGCCAGAGCCAUCUACAGUUUCCUCGGUCGAGGCUGGAGUGAGGACGUCGCCGUGGCUCGAGUGAGACAGCCCUCCAUUUCAUGGCAGGCCUAGGGGGCUAGGCUGGGGAGCACGACAAGCUCUCCGGCCUGGCCCUCUUUCUCGCUCCUCCUCUCCUUCGGAGCCCCGCGCAGGGGAAGUCUCGAGCGCGCGGCGGGAAUGCUUGCGCCGCGUCGCUCUGGGGCUUUGGCCGGACUCCCUGGCCAGAGCCCGACACAUGUAGGGUCGGAGUCGGUCCGAUUAUGUAUCGAUUCUGGCUGGCUUCAGAAUUCGAGCCGGAUAUUCCGACGAUCUGAUACGGCCCCUUCUGUGCAUGGCGAUGUCAUGCAUCUUCGCGCAGCCGAACCAAUGCAAGCCAAUUUCUCGAUUCAAUGCCACUUGUACGUACCAAUGAUGCUUCGUCUUGGUGCGAGCCACGAGUGACGAGCAUGUCGAGGAGAGAGCCGAACA